AUGUCGAAUGGCAAUAUAUGCUUGGGUGACCCGCCCAGCUACCUGCCCCCCUGCCAGAGGCCUAAAGGACUUGGGGUGGUCGUGAAAGCGACGUUCACAGCAGAUGUAGAGGAGACAGAUGGGGGAUUCCAGGGGUUCUCUUUGGAAAAGGCCAAGAAUGAAGAUGCUGAGGAACACUUCAGAGACAGAGAUGGACCACAGAGGCAGGAGAGAAGCCACGCUGGGGAUGAUCGGAGGAAUGAGAAGGAUGAGGAACUGCACCAUCUUUCGGCAGAUGAAGUCAAGAAUGAAGAUCUGAGAGGAAACAUCCGGAAUCAAGGUGGACCCAAGAGACAGGAAGGAAGCUACAUGGUUGAGAAGAGGAAUAAAACCAUUCUUUGCCAGCGGGAGGAUUCACGUGAAGUAAUUCACAGGGUGGAGGAAACGGACAAGUGCUUGGAGUGUGGAAUGAAGUUCUCAGAUCAAACCCAAUAUUACGUCCAUUUACAAAUGCACACUGGGAAGAAGACCCAUCAAUGGCUGAAGUGUGGGAAGACCUUGAUUCGCAGAGCAGACCUUGUUCAACACCAAAGGGUUCAUUCAGAAGAGAAGCCAUUUAUCUGCUCAGAGAGUGAAAUGAUGUUCUCUGAUGAAAGAAAAGUUAAUGUGCAUUUUCCAGAGCACAGUAUAAUGAAGGCACACAACUGUUUUAGGUGUGGAAACGACUUCAGAUGCAUAUCACAGCUCCUUCUGCACCACAGCAUACCCAGGGGAGAGAAACCUUUUGAAUGCUCAGAGUGUGGAAUGAAAUUCAAUCGGGCUUACACUCUUCAACAGCAUCUUAGAACCCACACAGGGGACAAACCUUUUGAAUGCUCAGAGUGUGGAAUGAAAUUCAAUCGGACUGGCAUUCUUCGACAGCAUUUCAGAACCCACACAGGGGAGAAACCUUUUGAAUGCUCAGACUGUGGAAGGAGAUUCUAUCGGAGUGCCCAUCUUCUAGACCAUCAAAGAACCCACACAGGGGAGAAACCUUUUGAAUGCUCAGAGUGUGGAAUGAAAUUCAAUCGGACUGGCAUUCUUCGACAGCAUUUCAGAACCCACACAGGGGAGAAACCUUUUGAAUGCUUAGAAUGUGGAAAGAAAUUCAGUUGCAGUUCCAAUCUUCAACGGCAUCUAAAUAUCCACACAGGUGAGAAGCCUUUUGAAUGCUCAGAAUGUGGAAAGCGAUUCAGUUUAACUAGCACUCUUAAGAAGCAUUUAAGAACCCAUACAGGUGAGAAACCUUUUCAGUGCUCAGAGUGUGGAAUGAGAUUCAGACAGAGUGGCACUCUUCAACAGCAUCAAAGAAUCCACACUGGGGAGAAACCUUUCAAAUGCUCAGAAUGUGGGAAGAAAUUCCGUCACAGGGGCACUCAUCUACAGCAUCAAAGAAGCCACAGAGAGACCUUUUGAAUGCUCAGAGCUUAGAAAGAGCAUCACUCACAGAUCCCGUGUUCAACAACUUGAAUGAAUCUAGAGGAGGAGAAAUCAUGAACCUGUGGCAAUAACCUUUCUUGUAUAUCACACCUGCAGAAAAACCACAGAUUCCACAAAGAGAUGAAACUUUAUAUACUCUUGGAGAGAAACAUACAGCUGGAGGGGAACUCAAGGGCCAUCUAAUCCAACCUCUUGCACAAUGUAGGAAAUUCACAACUGGCUGGCCUUCCACUCUC